GCAAUCGUGCGGGGAGGAAGAUGGCGGUACUGGCCGGGCUCGGUUGCUUUAGGACGUUGAGAACUUGCGGGCGAAGCAGCCCUAAUUAUGCUCUCUGGCACCCGGUGAGUGCCCCAUCUCAGACCUCUCAGACUGGUGCCUGUGUGCCAAGGAUAAGAGGGCGGUUGGUGGCAUCCUCUGCCCCUGGAGAGAGACAGAGCGAUUCAAAUGACGGACAGAUCUACCUUAGUGAAAAUUGUGUGAAAAGGCUACUGGAGAUUACAGGAGGGUCUGAAUUUCUCAGGCUGCAGGUGGAAGGAGGUGGCUGUUCAGGUUUCCAGUAUAAGUUUUCGUUGGAUACAGUUGUCAAUCCUGAUGACAGGGUUUUUGAACAAGGGAGUGCCCGGGUGGUUGUGGAUUUGGACAGCCUGAACUUUGUGAAAGGGGCAAUGGUGGACUUCAACAAGGAAUUAAUUCGCAGCGCCUUCCAGGUGGUGAACAAUCCACAGGCUGAGCAAGGCUGCUCCUGCGGAUCAUCUUUCUCCGUUAAACUCUGAUUGCAUUUCUCCAUGUGGACUGUAGUGGACACUGAAUGAUCACUGGUUGCCUUCUUUCUCUUCAGUUUUUUUGAGCAACUGGUGUAAUCUGUUGUAUGAUACAAGUAUGCACGCAUACCCUGAACUCUCCAACAGAAGCUGAUCUCUUCAGGGCAAGGUGUGAAAUAGGCUUGUCUCCAUUGUUCUCUUUGAAUCCCACAAUGAUUUCCAUGUAGCAUUUAAAACAGUAGGCCCAGUGGAGAGAUACUUGUAAAUACUUUUGUGAUUUGCGAUGUUUUAGGAUCGUUUAAAGCAUAUGUUUGUUACAUUUCACUUUUGCGUGUGUCAUCAGCCCUUUUCAUACCUGAUUUGGGCACAAAUGAGUACAUAUAGGGGGUUGAUUGAGGCCUUCUGGUCCUGUCCCUGAUGACCAUGCUCUCAAGAGCACAGUUUUCAUGAAGUCUACAUGUGUAUGCUGAACACCAAAUACGUGUAGUUUUCACUACAGAUAAUGCAGCUAAAAAUGUGCUCUGCCUGUAAAUGGUCCUUUUGAGCCCAUGGAGGUCAAGAGCAAAGUCUGCAGGCACAGCCCCUGUAUUCUCCCCCCCCCCCGCUUAUGUUUGACCAUAUGACAAGGGACUGUAUAUAAAAUAUGCACAAAUGCCGUAGGAAUUCAACUCAAAUUCUCAAACGUCUGACUUGGAUCCCACCAAACACUUCUGUUGAUGGAAGUAUUUCCAACAUCUGUGUACAACUUCCUCACCUCCCUGCUCUCUUUGCAGCCCAGAGCCCCCUCCUCCCCUCCCAAAGUCUGCUGUAGGGGGAAGGGAUGGGACCCCCCCAGGACCAGCAUGUAGGGGAGUCAGUGUACAGUGGAAGGGGGAAGUCAGUGAAACUGCACCCCCUUCUAUCGGUGGAACCCUCUGUGGGACUGAAUCCAGGUUUUCUUGCUUACAAUUGGUUAUUUGCUGCCUCUGAGGCUCCUUAUUCUCUUCCCCAACAAUAUAAACCUGCAGCACCAGAUUCUUUCCCUGCCUCUGUUCCAUCUACAAAGAGAAAAGUAGUAGAAAAGGUGGAUUAUUACUUAUAUUGGUUGGAGUUGGUCUGUUUUCUAUUAAGGCUGUUCACUAAGUGCUUGUACAUGUUCUUUAAAUUGAUAUUUUUUCAUUUGGAGUUUGGCAGUGGGAGUGUUUACAAUGUAAUGUGUGGGAGACCUUAUUUUUCAUAACUUGAGAUUUUCUUUCUUUGUCUCUUUCAGUUAUUUUCUUCUUUGUUUCUGUUCAAAGAUGCCAAGAGAUUUA